AAGCCUUUAGUCUAGUCUAUACUCUAUGGACAUAACAAUGAACCAAGUAGAGUGCAUCAGGUGGAAACGUCACGCCGCGAAUGAUAUGGUAACUGUGUCGUAUACACGAUGAAAGCCCAGUGAAGGUGGUCAGGUGGUCAACUUUCCCAAGGAAUUGCGAGGGGAACAACACGAUGAAAUUAUGCCCCUAAUCACCAGUGAAUUAUAACAAACUAACAUGACAGCGUUGGAGCUCAAUCAAAUGAGGUUGUACUUUGUAACUUACAAUGUUGCAACCAAGUUCCCUGAGGAGGACCCUCGUCAAAUGUUGGGAAUCAAUUCCAACAAUCCUGAAGGACUUCCUGAUUUAUUCGUCGUUGGUUUGCAAGAGGUGAAGUCUCAACCCCAUAACAUGGUAAUCGACAUGCUCUUCGAGGAUCCAUGGACCAAGAUUUUUAAAGAAUCUUUAAAGACGUGCGACUACAUAAAAAUUCGCACACAGAGGCUGCAGGGACUAGUGUUAAAUGUGUUUUGUUUGCGGAAGCACCUGACUCGCCUCAGGUUCAUCGAGGCUACGUACACGAGAACUGGUCUCGGAGGUAUGUGGGGCAAUAAGGGCGCAGUUAGUGUUCGUUUUAACAUGUAUGGUGUGAAAAUUUGCAUCGUGAAUACACACCUGACUCCCCACGAUCACCUAUGCAACGACAGAAUAGCUGACUACAACACUAUUCUCAGAGAGCACGCAUUCCAAGUACCUGAAACACAACAUGUUCUAUACCAUGACUACAUAUUUUGGAUUGGUGACCUGAACUUUCGACUCAAUGGGGAGGAUCUCACAGCGGAGUUGAUUGACAAGCUAGUGGCGAAGAAUCAAUUGAAACUCCUCCUGAGCAGGGAUCAACUGAAUAUCGCGAAGGAGAGUGGAGACGCUUUCGCAGAAUUUAGUGAAGCAGAUAUUGCAUUUCCACCCACUUAUAAAUUCGAAUUCUCCUCUCAGGAAUAUGAUCUCAAACGUCGUCCAUCGUGGACAGACAGGAUUUUGUACAAAGUUAAUGCCGACGUAUAUGAGGAUGUAAAGUUAGAGGCUGUGAAGAGUAACUACAGAAGUCAUCCGAGUUACGUCGGGUCAGAUCACAAGCCAGUCAGUGCGGAGUUCACUAUAAAGAUUAGGCCUGAUUACGAGGACCAUGGAGUGGAAUUCCAGCCAGUGAGCGCUUGGAUCGUGGAUCAACAGAACUCUGUGGGGUACACCCUCAGAGGUGAUUUCAUACCGUCCCCUGGUGACUGGAUUGGACUCUUCCACGAUGGCUUCUCGUCUCUGGAUGAAUAUCUGGUGUACGAAUAUGUGGGUCGAGGUAAACCUGGCCUAGAGACUUUCUCAGUUGCAACCAAUAACACGAUAACUGAACGAAUAUACUUCAGUGACAGUGCCCUUAAAGCUCCUGGAAUGUAUCGACUGGUAUACGUCUGUCAAUCUGGUGAUAUUGUUGGUGUUUUGGGUAUGAGCCCACCUUUUCCUGGCCACAGAAGAACUUGAGGCACCACCAGAACCCAAUAGGGGCAUCUCACCUCACUAUAGUGGGGUCAGAAACAUCUAACUCCUUCUAAAGUGAGGUUAGGAGCACUUAAGUUCCACUGAAACGAAGUUAGGAACACCUAACUUCACAUUCUUGCAGUGAUUUAUCAAUCGAACAAAGUAAUUGGGUACCUGCUUUAAUAAGAUUAUCGCAAUUUAGCUAAUUUGUUUAAUUUUGCUGUGUAAUAUAUAUUGGGUAUGUGGAAGCAAUGUAAUUUUAUAUAGAUUUAUUGCCGAGAAAAGUAAUGAGAUGUACUUUAUUUUAUUAUCUUGUCAGUAGCAAUUGCUCCCCAUUAUGCAAUGUAUGUAUGCAAUAUUGACUAGGAGGACAGGGGAUUAAAUUACAAAUAAUUAAAUGUAUACAUACUUGAAGUCGAUAUAAAUUAUGGGUAAUUUGUGGAACAAUUGGGGAAAUGGAAAUAAUGGAGCUCUGUUGAUUUCUUGGAAUAUAAAAAUAAAUAAAUAAAUAAAUGGAAUUGACCGUU